AGCGUUGUAUCUGUGGUAGUAAAUGUGGUGAUCGUUGACUAAAUACGAGGCGCGGUAAAGUCUUCUUUCGACGUUAUUUAGGUUAUGUCCUUGUCCGGACUGGCGAGAUGCUAGUAUUAGAUUUACAUAAAUGCAGCUGAGAGUGUAUUAGUUUCCUGUAUACAUAUAUUUUAUAGCACCUUUCAGAUAUUUUCUUUAUGCCAGCCAUGGACACGAUGCGGGCUCCUAUAGAUAUACUGGACACGGCUGGGAAAAUGUUGGAAAAAUACCUGGCAAUGGACAGCAACUUUCCAACUUUAGUUGAUGUUACUCAGAUCGCACCACAAGGAGUUGCAACAGUGAGCGGUUUGAAUGAUAUGGACUACCCAAGUGCAAAUGGCUUGCUGUCUGGGCUGUCUAAUGUAAAGCAUGUCACCACUACCAACAAGGUUCCUCUUCCCCCAGAAGUGAUGGAGCACUUUGGUCACAUGCAGUGCCAUUGCAUGAUGGGACUGUUUACGGAAAUCAAUCGAGCAUGGCUCACUAUAGACAGUGACAUCUACGUGUGGACUUAUGAACAUGGGACCGAUGUGGCCUACUUUGAUGGUCUUGGAGAAACAAUCGUGAGUGUUGGUCUGGUGAAGCCCAAGCUGGGGGUGUUCCAUAACUUUGUGAAGCACUUGCUGGUUCUGACCACCACUGUUGAGAUCGUAGUCCUCGGAGUGACGUUCUCAGCGACCAAAGACGGCCCUUUGGGUCAGUUGGAGGAAAUGCAUCUUCUGCCUGAUCCUGUGUUCGUGUUGCCAACCGAUGGAGUGGCCAUCAACACGAUUGCCAGCACCAGUUCAGGGCGAAUCUUUCUUGGAGGGCAUGAUGGGUGUCUGUAUGAAGUGGCUUAUCAGGCAGCAGGCAGUUGGUUUGGAAAGCGCUGCAAGAAGGUGAACCACUCCACAGGAACCCUCUCAUUCUUGAUGCCGUCAUUUCUCAAUCUGGCAUUUGGUGAGGAGGACCCCAUAGUGCAGAUCAGCAUAGAUGACAGUCGCAACAUUUUGUUCGCGUUAACAGAGAAGGGAUGCGUCGAGGUGUUUGACCUGGGUGAGGGGGGCACGUCUACCAGCAAGGUGGUGAGCAUGACUCAGGCCACCAUCGUGCAACACGCGGUGAAUAUCGUCAAAACGCUGGAUGGCAGCAACUUUCGUCCAGUGGUGAGUGUGUGUGCAGUAGAAGUUAAUGAGUCCCCACACCUGAACCUGGUGGCCGUGACUCAGACAGGCGUUCGACUGUACUUCACGACAAGUUCAGUGACAAAUGUCAGUAUCAGACCAUACACACUGCAGCUGAUGCACGUUCGCCUCCCUCCGGGGUUUGCGGCGAAUGCUCCGUCACCCCGCCCCACCAAAGUGCACAUGGCCCAUUAUAAGCGAGGGAACCUGCUGCUGGUGACGGCACCAGGCAGUGACCGUGACGUGCUGUGGUGCCUGUCGAGUGACCCAUACCCAUUCCAUCCGUACCUCGUGGAGGUGCAGACUGUGGUGCCUCUUGAAGGUGUCGUGUGGGCGAUGGCUGAGGUUCAGGGUGGUGAUGUGAAGGCUGUCCUGCCCAGUCUCAGCUUUCAGGAAUUUGGAGUCCCAGACCCUCCGCUGGUUGUUAGACAACACAUGGAAUCCCCAAGGAAGUACAUCAUACUGACGCAGCAGGGGGCGGAGAUCUUGCUGAAGCUGCGGCCCGUGGACCUGCUGCGGCAGUUACUGGUCGAGAACCGCGGACCAGAAGCUGAAGCGGUGAAGCUCUUCUUUGAGACACAGAAGGAGGAACAGGCCUGUGCCACCAGUCUGAUAUUGGCGUGCCUGCAGAGUACACAGAACCUGCAGGUGGCAGAGUGGGCAACACGCGCAUUCUUUAUGUAUGGAGGUGAACCCAAGGUCAGAGCUGCAGUCACUCCUGUUGUGUCCCCUUCAUUCCAGUACUCUGUGGCAGGCGGAGCGUUCAGUCCUGCAAUCAUGUCGACUCCAUACGCGCAUUCCCACAGCAGUGGCAGCCCACAACAAAAUCUAUCUGAUACCGUAAUGGGCACUGGUUACAUGCAGUAUUCUCACCGCCAUAAUGGGCUGUACCUGUAUGUUGGGCGAAUCGUUCGGCCAGUGUGGAAUCGCAGAGUGAUCACGAAGGCGACUCUGGACAAGGUGCAGUUUCUGUGCACAUCUAUAUCAAGAGAGGACUGUGUUUGGGUGUUGGGCCACUUGCAGGCCUUACGAAACUUUCUGGAGAAGAAUACACAGUUUUCUGUUUCUGGAAUCAUGAACAUUCAGCUGCGGCAGAUCGGCCACAGCUCCUUCGAAACGUCAGCCACUCGCCGAACGCCACAGCGGAACCGGGAUCAGGAGGUCCAGUUAGAAGAGAAGCGUUCUCUUGACUCUCUUAAAGCAUUUGUGACGCAUACUUGUGAAGUGCUUGGCAUGUGGCGCAUUGUGUGUGAGCACCAGUUCCAUGUCAUAGCGAGCGUUCUGAGCAAGGACCUGCAGAAUCAGCUGCAGCAGAUGAGCUUCAGGAACCUUAUCCUGGAAGGACAAGACAUCUGUUCUGCCCUCAUCAGCAGCCUUAUCAACAGGUACCUAAAUGACCAUGCGUCUGUGGAUGCAAUUAGCUCCAAGCUACGCGAGGUGUGUCCCAGUCUCUAUAGGAAUGAAGAUGCUGCCUGUUCGAAGGCGAAUGAGAUGCUGCUGAGUGCAAAAAGCAUCAAGAACCCGGAGGAACGGGAGGCCAAACUGCGGGAGGCUCUGCAGCUGUGCAGGAGUGUGGCUCAGCAGGCCAACUUGCAGAUCAUGUGCCAGUGGUUCAACAGCAGUCAGUUCUAUGAGGGAGUGCUGGACCUGGCUCUUGUGUGUGCGUCCAAAGUAGACCCCAAGAAUGUUGGAUUACACUACUACAAAAACAAGGAGCCUGCCGAAGACACCGAGGGCUACCAAGCAUAUGUCAAGAGCUGGAAUGCUGUUUGUUCAGGGAACCUGCUGCUGGUGACGGCACCAGGCAGUGACCGUGACGUGCUGUGGUGCCUGUCGAGUGACCCAUACCCAUUCCAUCCGUACCUCGUGGAGGUGCAGACUGUGGUGCCUCUUGAAGGUGUCGUGUGGGCGAUGGCUGAGGUUCAGGGUGGUGAUGUGAAGGCUGUCCUGCCCAGUCUCAGCUUUCAGGAAUUUGGAGUCCCAGACCCUCCGCUGGUUGUUAGACAACACAUGGAAUCCCCAAGGAAGUACAUCAUACUGACGCAGCAGGGGGCGGAGAUCUUGCUGAAGCUGCGGCCCGUGGACCUGCUGCGGCAGUUACUGGUCGAGAACCGCGGACCAGAAGCUGAAGCGGUGAAGCUCUUCUUUGAGACACAGAAGGAGGAACAGGCCUGUGCCACCAGUCUGAUAUUGGCGUGCCUGCAGAGUACACAGAACCUGCAGGUGGCAGAGUGGGCAACACGCGCAUUCUUUAUGUAUGGAGGUGAACCCAAGGUCAGAGCUGCAGUCACUCCUGUUGUGUCCCCUUCAUUCCAGUACUCUGUGGCAGGCGGAGCGUUCAGUCCUGCAAUCAUGUCGACUCCAUACGCGCAUUCCCACAGCAGUGGCAGCCCACAACAAAAUGUAUCUGAUACCGUAAUGGGCACUGGUUACAUGCAGUAUUCUCACCGCCAUAAUGGGCUGUACCUGUAUGUUGGGCGAAUCGUUCGGCCAGUGUGGAAUCGCAGAGUGAUCACGAAGGCGACUCUGGACAAGGUGCAGUUUCUGUGCACAUCUAUAUCAAGAGAGGACUGUGUUUGGGUGUUGGGCCACUUGCAGGCCUUACGAAACUUUCUGGAGAAGAAUACACAGUUUUCUGUUUCUGGAAUCAUGAACAUUCAGCUGCGGCAGAUCGGCCACAGCUCCUUCGAAACGUCAGCCACUCGCCGAACGCCACAGCGGAACCGGGAUCAGGAGGUCCAGUUAGAAGAGAAGCGUUCUCUUGACUCUCUUAAAGCAUUUGUGACGCAUACUUGUGAAGUGCUUGGCAUGUGGCGCAUUGUGUGUGAGCACCAGUUCCAUGUCAUAGCGAGCGUUCUGAGCAAGGACCUGCAGAAUCAGCUGCAGCAGAUGAGCUUCAGGAACCUUAUCCUGGAAGGACAAGACAUCUGUUCUGCCCUCAUCAGCAGCCUUAUCAACAGGUACCUAAAUGACCAUGCGUCUGUGGAUGCAAUUAGCUCCAAGCUACGCGAGGUGUGUCCCAGUCUCUAUAGGAAUGAAGAUGCUGCCUGUUCGAAGGCGAAUGAGAUGCUGCUGAGUGCAAAAAGCAUCAAGAACCCGGAGGAACGGGAGGCGAAACUGCGGGAGGCUCUGCAGCUGUGCAGGAGUGUGGCUCAGCAGGCCAACUUGCAGAUCAUGUGCCAGUGGUUCAACAGCAGUCAGUUCUAUGAGGGAGUGCUGGACCUGGCUCUUGUGUGUGCGUCCAAAGUAGACCCCAAGAAUGUUGGAUUACACUACUACAAAAACAAGGAGCCUGCCGAAGACACCGAGGGCUACCAAGCAUAUGUCAAGAGGAUGGAGUGCUACAAACAGGUGACUUCUGUGCUUAACCACUUAUAUGACCAGAGAAAUUCCAGUAGCUAUGCCCCAAGUGUGCCAGUCUGUCCCGGCAUACCCACGUCGCAAGACGCUGUGCCGCUCUCUCAGAGCGAAGCCAGUGACCAAGUCAACCGGCUGGUUCAGUCUGCGCUGCAGUCACAGGAUGAGUUGAUGCACGUGGCCGUGUUCGAUUGGAUGGUGAGCAAGCAGCUGACUGGGGAUCUGAUUGCAGUACACCAGCCCAGCCUGGAGAUGUACCUUCUGCGCACAUCAGAGCGGAGUCCUGAGGUGUGCGAUCUGCUCUGGAAGUACUAUGAGAAGAACCUGAAGCACGCAUCAGCUGCCAAGACGCUGCACAUGCUUGCCACUCGACGUGGUUCAUCUGUUACGCUGCUUCAGCGAAUAGAGUACUUAGCCCGUGCAGUGGUGUGUAUGAGGAGUGAUCAGGUGGGCUAUGCCCCACAGUUGGGAGUGUUCCUGCGGGAACUGGAGGAUAAGAUCGAUGUUGCCCGUAUCCAGCAGCAGGUGCUGGAGGCAGUCAUAAAGCUGAAGGGACGUCACCACCUGGCCGAAGAUGCGAUCCAGCGUCUCAACUCCAACCUACUAGAGAUCACACAGCUCUAUGAGGAGUUUGCUGAGCCGUUCAACCUGUGGCAGUGCAAGCUGGCGAUCAUCCACUGCUCAGGCCACUGUGACCUUGCGCUGGUCGAGACAAUCUGGCUCCACAUCAUUGAGGCUGAGCUGCAGGCUUGCACAUCUAUCGGCCCAAAUGACAAGAUGACGGUUCUCAUGGGCAAGAUGAGGUCCCUCGGACAGGAGUAUGCCGGCUCACCGCGCUGCUUCCCAGUCCCAUUUCUGGUGCGCCAGCUGGAACUGAAGGCGUGUAGACUACAUGCUGACACUGUACACGUGCACAGCACGAUGCUUGCUCUCGGUGUUCCGCUGAUGAUGCUGAUGGAUGUUUAUGAGAGAUUGAUUGCUGCCAAUGAGCGCGUCUGGUUGACAGAAGGUAACGAGUUUCACCUGGUGGAGGCGCUAGCACAGUUAAUAGAGAGUUUCACUGUCACUCCACAGCUGGUGAACGCUGUUGACAGGCGACCUACGAUCGCGAAGGCGUCUGACGUGAUCUCCAACUGCCUGUCCGUGCUGUACAGCAAGCCGGACACCGCGGACCUGAUCCAGAGGCUUCGUGGCGUUCAGGCCAAGUUAAACCGCCUGUCCACCUGCUAGCAGUCUGCGUGUUGAAUUAUGUUUGUUGCCAGUUAACUGGACGUGUCUCUGACUUUUUAUAAUCUUAUACGAAGUUGAUUGAUUUCCGCAUAUUAAACCUCAAGUGAAGUGAAA